UUGUUCAUUUCACGUUGUCCAGUGUGCCCGGCGUUUGUUUCUCGGCGUCCUGUACGUUUUGUCAUGUAUUUGCAAUUUGCUACGUUAAUAGGAAUUUUUAUCAGUCAUGCAAUUCAGGUAACAGCGCAGGAUUUUCUAGGAUGUGGUGGAUUUGUAAAAUCUGAUGUGGAAAUAAGCUUUUCGAGGGUGGAGGUUAAACUUUACACCAAGCAAGGAAGUCUAAAAUACCAGACUGACUGUGCUCCUAACAAUGGUUAUUUUCUGAUUCCCAUUUAUGAUAAGGGAGAUUUUAUUUUAAAAGUAGAACCACCGAUAGGAUGGACAUUUGAUCCUAGUACUGUUGAGUUGAGUAUUGAUGGUAAAUCGGACCCAUGUAGUAAAGGAGAAGAUAUCAAUUUCAAAUUCAAUGGAUUUUCAAUAAAUGGCAGGGUAAUCAGCAAGGGAAUGUCAGAAGGGCCAGCCGGAGUCAGAAUAUCACUUAAAAAGAAACCAUCAAUGGAUGUACUUCAAGAAAUCCUGACUGAUAUUGGUGGAAAAUAUGUAUUCAGUAAGGUGAUGCCCGGUGAUUACAUUGUAACAGCGUCUCACCCACUUUGGAAAUUUGAAACUUCAACAGCUAAGUACACAGUGACAAAGGAGAAUGGUAACCUUGGUGACCAACUUGUUGUCAAUGGCUAUGAUGUAAAUGGUGAGGUUCGUAGCGAAGGUGAAGCAAUACAGGGUGUGGCUUUUUUGUUAUUUUCAAAUAACGUUCAGAAACAGGACAUACACGGAUGUGAUUUUACACCGGUUAAAGGCUUUACCAGUGCAGAACAAUCUAAGUUACUUUGCAACGUAGAAUCAGAUAAAAAUGGUAAAUUUCUCUUUCCUAGUCUACCAUCGGGACACUAUUGGUUGAUACCAUUUUACAAAGGGGAACAUAUUACAUUUGAUGUUGUACCCGACAAACUAAACUUUGAUGUGUCAUUUGAAAGUGUCAAGCUUGAGCCCAUUUUCCAAGUGGAAGGAUUUUCAGUGACUGGAAAAGUAUUGGACAGGGUCAAGGGUUCUGGUCUCUCUGGAGUCUCCAUUAAGCUGGAUGGUAAACCACAGACACUAAGUGAAGCAACUGGCAUGUACAGACUGGAUAAAGUUACAUCAGGUUCCUAUGUAGUGGAAGCCCAGAUAGAUGAUGUGUUCUUUGAUGCAAUGACAGUGAAAAUUACACCAAAUACGCCACAGUUGCCCGAUAUUACAGCUAUGAGUUUUAAUCUGUGUGGCAAAGUCAUCCUCGAUGCUGUUCCAGAAAAUUUUCCAAUGGCAGCAGAAAGACAAGUUACCUUUAACCUUGCAGGGAGUGACCAUGUGACCACCUUGACAGCCAAAGCUGAUGGUAGUUUCUGUUCUCCGGUGAAACCUGGCAAUUAUGUGAUUAAGGUGAUUGUGAAGGAUACUGAAGCAGAAGCCGGUUUAAAAAUCAUACCAGCACAGCAUAGUGUAACGAUAACCAACAAACCUUUCAAGGAUGUCAUAUUUACGCAGUUUAAAGCUAAAGUUACAGGACUGAUCAAAUGCCUAGGUGUCUGUGGUAGUCUGUCCAUCAAUGUAGCAAGUAAAGACCGUGAUGGCGAUGAAAGAUCAGUCCAGAUAUCACAAGGCACCAAACAAGCUUCGUUUAUUAUCAAUAACGUACUACCUGGGAAAUAUAUCGCUACAGUAAUUCAGGACGAGUGGUGCUGGAAAGAAAAGACGGUGCAGUUUGAAGUUGUUGAUAAAGAUGUUGGAGGUGUUGAGUUCGUCCAAUCUGGUUUUGUUAUGAAAUGUACAACAUCUCAUAGCAUGAUAUUGGAGUAUGUGCAUACAGCUACUAGCAAAAGUGGUGGCAAGCUGACUGCUGACAAAGGAUUGAAUCAGUUUUGCUUACUGCAGUCUGGACAGUAUACAUUUACACCACAUUCAUGUCAUCAGUUUGAACGUGAUGUUUACACGUAUGAUACCGCAUCCAAUGAAAUAUUGGCGUUUACAGCUGUCAAACACUUGGUGAGUGGCACUCUAGUAACUAAUGAGCGGGUACAGGAUAUGAUUCUCACUAUACAGUCAUCCAUUGAGACUGAACCACCAAUCAACAUCACACCUCUCAAGUCAAAACAAGAAAUUGAAAGAGAUGAGAAAGUGAAACAAAGCCCCUCAGCUGGCAAAGAUGAGAAGAACAAAAAUAAGUCUAAAGAGUCCAAAAUGGCUGACCUGAAAGGACCCUUUACAUAUGAGUAUUCAUAUUAUGCACGGAGUGCUGAGAAGCUCAUCAUUACGCCAUCCUCGGCGGAAUUCUUAUUUUACCCACCUCUCCAUGAAGUCACUGUACUAAGUGAAAGCUGUCCUACAGUUGUACCACCAUUUGAAGGCAGAUUAGGAGUGUUUCUUGUCGGUAGCAUUGUACCUGCACUGAGGGAUGUUGAUAUCACGAUUACACCAGAGAGCCCAGCCAGUGAUGUACACAAUAUACUCAUCAAGACUGAUGACACAGGAAAGUACAGAGUUGGUCCAUUGCAUGAUAGCUUACAGUAUGGAGUAAGUGCCAACAAGGAAGGUUACAUUCUGACUGCCAUUGAUGGGAAACACGGCUCAUUCAAAGCUUUUAAACUCGGUGAAAUCAUUAUUGAGGUUUUUGAUGAAGAUGAGACGCCUCUGCAGGGGGUCUUGUUAUCUCUAAGUGGGGGUAAUUUUCGCAGCAACAAUUUGACCCAGGAUAAAGGACUGAUGCAUUUUGGGAAUCUGAAACCAGGACAGUAUUUCCUUCGUCCUAUGAUGAAAGAGUACAAAUUUGAACCCAGUUCUCAGAUGAUGGAGGUUUUGGAGGGAACUACUGUCAAACUACAAAUCAAAGGCUUUCGUGUUGCGUUUAGUUGUUACGGCAGAAUUAUGUCGUUAAAUGGUGAACCAGAGCCUGGCAUCUCUAUACAAGCAUUGGGCAUUGACAAUUGCGGGGAGAUAUUAGAAGAGACGAUAUCUGAUCACGACGGGACCUUCCGAAUGAGGGGACUACAGCCACAAUGCACUUAUGAACUGAAGGUUACCAUAGGAGAAGAGAAUGGUCAUGUUGCAAGAGCUGCUCCAGAGCACCGCAUUAUUAAGGUUGAAAAUCAAGACAUCACUGAUGUUCGCAUCAUAGUAUUUAGGAAGUUCAACCAGUUUGACAUUGGUGGUAAUAUUAUAACUGCUGUGGAACAUUUGCCGACUUUAAAACUUUUAUUAUUCAGUGAAGACAACCAAGACUCAGCAUUGCAUACUUUGACACUGGGCACUAAUCAUUUCUUUCAAUUUCCUACACUGCCAAUUGAUGGCAUGAGAUAUAUUAUAAAAGUAGAGUCGUCUCUGGCCAAGUCUAAUUUUGACUACACACUGCCAACAGUUAGUUUCACUACAGAAGGUUAUCAGAAACACGUCACAUUGAAGUUUGAACCAAAGCGGCGUAAUUUGGAUCAAGAGAUUGGGCAAGGUUCUUAUAUAACAUUACCCUUAAUAUUACUUGCGGUUUAUGUCGCAUACAACCACACAAAGAUUCGUCCAUACAUUCAGCAGUUCGCGAAAAGUAUUCCAGUUGUCAAGCCAACAUUCUCAAAACCAACUAUAGCAAAAGAAGAAAUUGAACCAGAAGAGACAGUAAAAUACCGCAAGAAAGUUAAAACAAGGAAAACUUAGUCAUUCGCUAAGUCUCAAAUACUUCUCAACUGUGAACUCAUUUUUGACUGUAUGGAGAAGAUUUUAUUGGUUAUGCUGUUUUUAUCUGUUUAGAAAAUGGCAAUGUGUUGGGCAUUACAGGCUGCCAGCCAACUUCAAGUCACUCAAGUUGUCAAGUUUGAUGUGGGACCCAUGGAACAUUGUUUAUAAAAAAAAAAUUCUGCCCAGGUGACGCUGGCACGUAAUCAUGAUGAACUAAAUGUGUAAAUAAAUUAUGUGAAGUAAAUAUUGCCCUCUUGUGACAACACCCACAUUAACUGUUCUUUUUACUAAUUUGAAGUUAUGUCACACACCCUGGGAUAAAUGAGUUCACAAAUUAGUACCGGUAUAUGCAAUACAAUUCUUCUUUUUUUUUGUAUUUAAUUAUUUCAUUUCAUGGUGUAUUUUUUGUUAAAUGUCAAUGGAAAUAAAUACUGGGUUUUUACACUUUCA